GCACGUGGUCUUCCGCCUCUCAUCCGGCCCGCCGCCAUCCAUGGCCGCUUCCCUCUUCCGCCUCUCCCGGCCCCGCCGCGUGCUCCUCCCCUUGUCCGCCCUCCGCCUCCCUCUCUCCACCCAGCCCCUCCCGCAGCCCCGGGACCCGUCCUCCCCCAAUUCCAACCGCGGCCUUCCUGCCUUCCUCUCCUUCCUCGCCGCCGCAGCCGCAGGCGGAAUCACCGGUUCCGUCGCUCUCUGCGAUGCCGCCCCCGACCACCGGGUCGGCGGGAAAGACAGCACCGAGCUGGUGGUGCGUGGGGAGCGCAAGCGCGUGCCACAGCAGUUCAUAGAAGAGCUCGCAUCCUUCCUCGGGGAGAACCUGACGGUGGAUUACGAGGAGAGGAGCUUCCACGGGACGCCGCAGAAUAGCUUCCACAAGGCAGUCAACGUGCCCGACGUCGUCGUCUUCCCAAAGUCCCAGUAUGAGGUACGGAAGAUUGUGAUGACUUGUAAUAAGUACAAGGUGCCAAUUGUACCAUAUGGUGGGGCUACAUCAAUUGAGGGACAUACGUUGGCACCUCAUGGUGGUGUUUGCAUUGACAUGUCUUCAAUGAAGAAAAUCAAAUCUCUGCAUGUUGAGGAUAUGGAUGUUGUAGUUGAACCAGGAGUUGGAUGGAUUGAGCUGAAUGAAUACCUGAAACCCCAUGGUCUCUUUUUCCCUCUUGACCCAGGACCUGGAGCCACUAUUGGUGGAAUGUGCGCUACACGAUGUUCUGGUUCAUUAGCCGUGAGGUAUGGAACUAUGCGGGACAAUGUUAUCAAUCUUCAGGCUGUUCUACCAGAUGGCGACGUUGUCAAGACCGGUUCUCGGGCUCGAAAGAGUGCAGCUGGAUAUGACCUAACUCGGUUGAUCAUUGGAAGUGAAGGGACUUUAGGGGUAAUUACAGAAGUGACUUUACGACUUCAAAAGCUUCCAUCUCAUUCCGUGGAUAUACACUCUUUAUGUAGCACAUCCUGUGGAGAAACACCAUUCUUCAUGCCGUAUUUGAAGCAGCACAAAGGUUGUGGAGGAGCAACUCCACCUUGCUGCUACAACGUGUACAGCACAAGUGUUGAAGGAACAGCUUCAACGUGCUGUGCUAGAUAUCGCUCUAGAGGCGAAUGUAGGCCGAUAGGGCAGCAAGAGUUCAAUCCAGAACUCCUAGGGCACAAGGUUGCUAUGUGCAAUUUUCAAACGGUUAAGGAUGCUGCUGAUGUUGCUAUUGCAUCAAUGCAUUCUGGCAUACAGGUCUCGAGAGUGGAAUUGUUAGAUGAGGUUCAGAUAAGGGCAAUAAACAUGGCAAACGGUAAAAGCUUGCCUGAAGUGCCGACCUUGAUGUUUGAAUUCAUAGGGACAGAAGCAUAUGCACUUGAACAAACACUGUUGGUUCAAAAGAUUGCUGCAGAGCACCAUGGUUCUGAUUUUGUUUUUGUGGAGGAGCCGAAUGCUAAAGAGGAACUGUGGAAGAUCAGGAAGGAGGCACUUUGGGCUGGGUUUGCCAUGAAACCUGAUCAUGAAGCUAUGAUAACGGACGUUUGUGUUCCAUUGUCUAGACUUGCAGAAUGCAUAUCUGUAUCUAAGCAACUACUUGAUGCGUCACCAUUGACUUGUUUGGUUAUCGCCCAUGCCGGUGACGGAAAUUUCCACACAAUUAUCCUAUUUGAUCCAAGCCAGGAGGAAGAGCGAAGGGAAGCAGAGAGACUAAACCAUUUCAUGGUUCAUACUGCUCUGUCCAUGGAAGGUACAUGCACAGGAGAGCAUGGUGUUGGCACAGGGAAAAUGAAGGCAGUACCUGGAGAAGGAGCUGGGGAUGGAGUCACUGAGGACGAUGAAAAGGAUAAAGGCCGCGCUGGAUCCCAACAACAUCAUGAAUCCAGGAAAGCUCAUCCCACCCCACGUCUGCAUCUGACCAAGCAAGUGCCUGAUUCCAUGGCAGUGGGUUCGGUUGUUCAAGUUUGUCGUGGUGCCGCCACUGAAUGCGUCCAUGAAACAUUUGGAUCUGUUACAGCCUUACCCGAGGACACCAACACAUACUUCAUGAGUUACAAGUUACAACUUACAGUACCCGGCCCGGCCCGGCCAUACUGAAUAAAAGGACCAGGACGUUGUUAUCUCUUGGUGUUAUUUGUACCAAUAGUAGUAUACAUGCAUGGCACCGUUUACUGGGCCUGCUUCACAUAUUAACAUACCUCCAAAACACGAGGGAGUGGUUUACAUCCUGGUUUCACAAAAUAGCGUUCUUGCUCUAUACUCUUCUUGUAACAGUCAUAUAUUCCCUCCGUUCAUAAAUAUGAGAUGCUUUGGAUA